AUAUUUAGUAUAUUUCGGGCAAUAUGUAUAGCAUUCUCACCAGCCCAACAGUAAGGAGAAGUGCAACCAGAAAUAAAAGGUUUUCUUUUUGUCUUACAGUAUGCUGAGCACUCAUGAACUUCAAGAAGUGUUGAGGUUCUAAAAAAUACCUUAUAACUCAGCGAGUUGCCAACCUAACUUGCUCAAGUUUUUAAAGUAUCUUCCAAAACUUAAGAGGAUUUACUUGGAGUAAAAGAUCACUGACUACUACAAUGGAAAAGUCAUGGAUGCUUUGGACCUUUGUUGAAAGAUGGCUACUAGCUUUGGCUUCCUGGUCUUGGGGUCUCUGCCGUAUUUCUCUUUUACCAUUGAUAGUAACUUUUCACUUGUACGGAGGCAUUAUGCUACUUAUAUUAAUAUUUGUAUCAAUAGCGGGUAUAUUAUAUAAAUUCCAGGAUGUACUGCUCUACUUUCCUGAACAGCCGUCUUCAUCACGCCUUUAUGUUCCUAUGCCCACUGGUAUACCACAUGAGAACAUCUUCAUCAGAACCAAAGAUGGAGUUCUUCUUAAUCUUAUUCUGCUGAGAUACACAGGGGACAAUGCAGCAUACUCGCCAACCAUCAUUUACUUUCAUGGGAAUGCAGGCAACAUUGGCCACAGGUUGCCAAAUGCUUUGUUAAUGCUGGUAAACCUGAAGGUAAACUUACUCCUUGUUGAUUAUAGAGGGUAUGGAAAAAGUGAAGGAGAAGCAAGCGAAGAAGGUUUGUACUUAGAUUCGGAGGCUGUCUUAGACUAUGUCAUGACUAGGUCUGAUCUGGAUAAAACAAAAAUCUUUCUCUUUGGCCGUUCCUUGGGGGGAGCAGUAGCUGUUCACUUAGCUUCGGAAAAUUCCCAUAGGAUUUCUGCCAUCAUGGUGGAGAACACCUUCCUUAGCAUCCCGCAUAUGGCCAGCACUUUGUUCKCUUUCUUUCCAAUGAGAUACCUUCCUCUGUGGUGCUACAAAAAUAAGUUUCUGUCCUACAGAAAAAUCUCUCAGUGCAGAAUGCCUUCGCUCUUCAUCUCUGGGCUGUCUGACCAGUUAAUUCCACCAGUUAUGAUGAAGCAACUUUAUGAAUUAUCCCCAGCUCGGACUAAGAGAUUGGCAAUUUUUCCUGAUGGGACUCAUAAUGACACGUGGCAGUGCCAAGGGUACUUCACUGCACUUGAACAGUUCAUCAAAGAAGUAAUAAAGAGCCACUCCCCUGAAGAAAUGGCAAAAACAUCAUCUAAUGUAACAAUAAUAUAACUGAUACACUUUUUCUUUUUUUUUUCCAUGGGGGGAGGGAAAUACAUGCACUGUACAUUGAUUUGUGAAAAGUGGUAAAAGAAUGUCCAUUUUUACAUGUAUAUCAUGUCUGUACUUGCCUAAAGAAUGAAAUUAAAAUYGGAAAGGUCUAAUGCUUUACCAAGAUGUUCCACACAACUUUUACAUUUGCAGCAUUGUAAAUGAACCAUUCUAUAUGUCUUUCGCAUACUUUUUUGAUAUCUUUGUCCAUAUCUUCCAUUUGUUUGAUAUGUACAAUGGAUGCUAUUAAAGAAAAAAAAAAAGAAAAAAAAUUGUUACAACAGUAGUACAGAAUGCAUUAGUUAGAGCAACGCCAGGCUCUUCAGUAUUCAUUGCUGCUAUGUGCAAGCUUUCCAGACAAUCACGGCUGGCACAGGGUUUUCUUGUUUUUCUUAGAAUUUCUUUCAAGUCUGCCAUGCAUGAGGUACUGUCUUAUUUCUUUACAUUUAAUAUGCAAAGAUUGGGAGGCUUUAAUGUGCUAAGCAAUAUGAAAUAACAUUAACAGUAGUGUACUUAUAGGCAUACCAUCCUUGGUUUGUUACUAUUAUAUAGUUAUGUAUUUAAGUAUAUGCUUAUAUAUGUGUUUACAUACAUAUACAUAUAGGAAGCAAAUUGCAAGUGAAAAGGAAAAGCUAUUUUCCCUGUUUUCAUUUAUGUGUCUAUGCAGAGCAAGUGCUGCGUGUUCCCAGGCAUUUUUCAUCAAAAAGUAGCCUUCAAAGGGAGAUGUGCAGGCUCACUUUCAGAGCUGUUUUUUGCUCAAGCUCUCCUUUGUUGACUUCUUGGCAGCCCUUCUGUUGGUAGCAGUCUGCUCGUGCAUUAGAGGUAGGAUUUCCAAGGCAAAGAGGGCAACGAGAGUGGGCAAAGCAGUACAAGGGAGUAUGGUAUAAGGUAAAGACGUAUAUAUUUGAAAUGUUUUUKUUAAGUUUAUACCUUUAAGGAUUUGUGCCCUUUAUUUAUCCUCCAGAAGAAGAAAAUCCAAAUAAUUAUAAAUGAUCACAUGAUUUUAUGUGUACAGUUGCUAUCGAGAGGACAAUAAAAAUGAGCAGUGCAUAAAUUAGCAGACCUAAGUUAGGUUGKGUAAACCAGACAAUUUUWAAAAAUAUUUUAAAAUAUCUUUUACAGUGCUGUUGCAUAUUCUGAAAAUGGCUUAAGCAUUAAUGGAAGUGUUAGUUUUCUUUAGCUGUACUGAGAAUUUGAAGCUGACAUUGCACCAUUUUAUUACUACCAAUAUUUAAUUUAUAAGAACUUGAUUCUGACUAAAUGUUGUCUUGUUUUUCAGAUUUUAAGGAUUCUUUUCCUAAGAUAUCGUAACAGCAUUAUGUGUUAUUAGCUCUGUUUGUGCUGGACUGUGUGGCUGUAUAAAUCUCCAGCAGACCUAGUUGCUCAUUUCCUGCAGUUGAUAGUUUACCUAUGCAAAAUAGAUUUUUAUGGGAAGAAACAUAAAUGUAAAAAAAACUUCCUUCAAGUCACUACAAAUUCUUCAAAUUGAUUUAUUUGAAAAAAAAAAAAAAUCUACUACAGUUUCCUGUUGUAGAAAAGUAUCUUGGCAUAUAUUAAUCAGUUUCCCAAUGGACAGAAGUAUUUUAAGCACGUACUUAACUUCUAUCACUGACUAAAAUCACUCUUUUGAACUGGUGCUUUAAUGAUUAUGCCUCCAGGUACURUAUGGAAUUACAGGUGUCAUGGACCUAUUGGGUAGUAGUUGUCAGCAAACAGUAGCUAGGGAGGUGCAUCUUUA